UUCGGCUGGAGGCGGACGCUGGAGUGGCUGCUGCCGGUCGCGCUGCGGUAACGCAAGAUGCCAGCUCCUGUCCGAUUGCGAGAGCUGAUUCGCACAAUCCGUGCGGCCAGAACGCAAGCAGAAGAACGGGAUGUCAUUCAGAAAGAGUGUGCGCUCAUCAGGUCAUCCUUCCGUGAGGAAGAUAACACAUACCGCUGCCGAAAUGUAGCAAAGCUCAUCUAUAUGCACAUGCUUGGCUACCCAGCACACUUUGGACAGCUUGAAUGUUUAAAGUUAAUAGCGUCUCAGAGGUUCACAGAUAAGCGGAUCGGUUACCUUGGAGCUAUGCUGCUGCUGGACGAGAGACAAGAUGUCCAUCUACUGAUGACAAACUGCCUUAAGAAUGACUUGAGCCACAGCACGCAGUUUGUCCAAGGGCUGGCUCUGUGCACUCUCGGUUGCAUGGGUUCAUCAGACAUGUGCAGAGAUCUGGCAGGAGAGGUGGAGAAACUGCUCAAAAACUCUAACUCUUACAUCCGUAAAAAGGCAGCACUGGCUGCUGUGCAUGUCAUCAGGAAAGUACCAGAGCUGCUGGAGAUGUUUCUGCCUGCCACAAAAAAUCUCCUGAAUGAUAAGAAUCAUGGUGUUCUCCAUGCUGCUGUUGUCCUUGUCAUAGAAAUGUGUAAACAUAGCCCUGACACACACGCUUAUUUUCGCAAGAAUGAGAAGGUAGUUCCACAGCUGGUCAAAUCGCUGAAGAAUCUGAUCAUGUCUGGUUACUCGCCAGAACACGAUGUGUCUGGAAUCAGUGACCCUUUCCUUCAGGUUCAGAUAUUACGAUUGUUAAGAAUUUUGGGGAAAAGUGACGAUGAAUCCAGUGAACAAAUGAAUGAUAUUCUAGCUCAGGUUGCAACAAACACUGAAACCAGUAAAAACGUGGGCAAUGCCAUUUUAUAUGAAACUGUGCUAACAGUGAUGGAUAUUAAGUCUGAAAGUGGGUUGAGAGUUCUAGCUGUAAAUAUUUUGGGUAGAUUUUUACUAAAUAAUGAUAAAAAUAUUAGGUACGUUGCAUUGACAUCUCUGCUUAAGAUGGUGCAGACAGACCACAAUGCAGUACAGAGGCACCGAAGUACAAUCGUCGACUGCCUGACUGACCUUGACGUCUCCAUCAAAAGGCGCGCAAUGGAUCUGUGCUUUGCCCUGGUUAACGGCAGCAAUGUCCGAGGGAUGAUGAAAGAGCUGCUCUAUUUCUUGGACCACUGUGACCCUGAGUUUAAAGCUGACUGCGCUUCUGGAAUCUUCCUGGCAGCUGAAAAAUAUGCACCAAACAAGCGAUGGCACAUUGACACUAUUAUGAGAGUGCUGACUACAGCUGGUAGCUUUGUCCGCGACGACUCGGUGCCUCUGUUAAUUCUACUGAUCAGUAAUGCCAACUCCCUUCAUGCCUACAUCGUGCAGAAGCUUUAUCAGGCCAUUCGAGUGGAUGCUUCCCAGCAACCCCUAGUUCAAGUGGCAGUCUGGUGUAUUGGGGAAUAUGGAGAUCUUCUGCUGUCUGGGGAGUUUGAAGACGAAACACCAGUUCAGGUAACAGAAGAUGAAGUGUUGGACGUUUUAGAACAGAUUCUGCACUCUAAUCUCUCUCUACUUACUACGCGUGAAUACGCACUGACAGCCAUUAUGAAGCUGAGUACACGACUGCAGAACAGCACUAAUCGCAUUAGAAAAGCUGUAUCUAUCUACGGGAGCAGUCUGGAUGUGGAGCUUCAGCAGCGAGCAGUGGAAUAUAGUGCCCUCUUCAUGAGGUUUGACCAUAUGAGGCCAGCCUUACUGGAGAGAAUGCCUUUAAUACAGAAGAGUGCAACCAACGGACCCAUGCAUGCCACGGUUAAUGGUAAUGUCGAUGAGACCGAGGAAGAGGGUCACUUACCAGCACAAGAACAGCUUUCGCAACAAGCCCAGGUCAAUAAUCUGCUGGAUUUACUUGGCGACAGUAACAUAAACCCAGCCAGAUCAGUGCCUCAAGAAAGUAAAGUACCUCAAACAGGCGGAGAACUACUGGAUCUCUUGGGCGGAUUAAACCUGGCAGAUACGCAGCCGUCCGCUCUGUCAGGUGGACAGACACAGCUGGUACUUGACGGUAUCGCUCCCCGCAGUCCUCAGAAUACUUCCAGUUUGAAGCAGGAUAUUCCAUCAAUCAUCGCGUACGAUCAAAACGGCCUGAAAAUUGAGUUUUCCUUUGAACGGUCCAAAGCAAACCUGAACAUGCUGUUCAUCACCUUGAGGGCGUCCAACUCCACCGAGACUGACAUGAACAAUUUUGUUUUGCAAGCUGCUGUGCCAAAGUCUUUCCAGCUCCAACUGAUGUCCCCCAGCGGCAGCACGGUUCCCGCUGUGAAUUCCGGGGCCGUCACGCAGAUCAUGAGAGUUCUCAACUCACAGAAGCACCCGUUAAGGAUGAGGCUGAAGUUAACGUACAACCACAGAGAAGCCCCCAUUGAGGUCAUGUCAGAGGUGAAUGAGUUCCCACCACAGGCGUGGGAGUGAUUGCGAACGGACACGGCGUCUGUUGACUGUACACUUUACACUGUGGUUGCUGACCGGAAGCUGCUGCAAUGUACAAUCAUCCCUAUGGGCGACAGAGGCAUUGGACUGCACCAGUAUUUGAGAGGAGAUUGAGCCCUUCCUAAUUACUGCACAAGAACGUAGCUUCACUGAUCGGAUCCAUCGCAUAGCUGAGGUGGAAUCUCAUGUCUGAAUAAUCUGUUACUUGGGAUCUAGUCAUAUAUGAUGUUACGUAGCUUUGACGAACAAAAAAAAUACCUAUAUAAGUACUGUAGGUAGAAAAAUCAUGAAAUGUUCAGAAACCAGUCCAUUUGGUUUAGGUCAGAAUUCUAUUUAUUAUUUAGGUGAAAUACUGGAACAGGAUAACAUAAUAGAACAAGGAAUAAUAUAAUAGAACAAGGAAUAGUUCUGAUUCAGUGCUGUGACUCCUGCAUACUCAUUACAUUUGCUUAAGUGAAGCCUUUAAAAUCCUGUUGCACCAUUCUAAGUGUCUUUCAAGUAAAGAGAAAGGCCUGAGUGUAAGCAAUUGGCUAUUUCUCUAUUCCAAGCCAUGCAGAUUCACUUCGAUUUGUGAUAGUUUUAUCAGCAUAAUAUCUGGAAACUGUCACAAUCCAAAAAUCUAACUGCAUCGCCACCAAACUGAUUUACCACAGUGAUUAAGGGGGAAGAGUUGUAGUUUCCUUUGGUUCUUUUCAUAGAUGUUUUUUUCUCAUUAAAAGCAACCGAUGACUGUGCACCUUUAAUACACUAACUAAGCUAAUUUGGAAAAAAANCACAGCAUUGAAUUUCCUAAAGAUUUAUACCUUGUUACAAACUUUGCACUGAUUUUUUAAAAAAUCAGAAUUUGGUUUAGCGACUCACUGAAGUAUAAGCAUUCCUUUCUGAUUUUUAUGAAGCUGUGUAAUCACUAGACAGUGAACUGCCUUCACUGGCCAGAUGCCAGUUCUGUAGAGACUUGUCAUUGCUCUUAAUGGCUGUUUAACUGUCUUUAGAAGGGUUUGAGUGUUUUUGCUGAAUAUGUUUCUUACUUGCUAAAGUCCCUAGCGUGUUGUAAUCUGCUUUCUUCAUUCCUAGACAUAUGUCUGGACCCUAAUGAUAUUUUGCACAAAAAUAUCCAUCUCGUUGGGUGCACCUCAGAAGUACAAUUAAUAUCAUCCUUGGCACCUAGAGAUGGUCAUCCCAGUAGAGGAGACAAAAUUGUUUUGUUGCUGUUUAAAUCCCCCCAAAAAAUAAUUUUCGAAAGCAGGUUCAUCUGUUUCUGAUGUUACUAUAUCUGGAAAAUAAUCAGGAUUUGUUUUGUUUUUCUCUCUCUCUCUCUCUCUCUUUCUCUCUGUCAUCAUUAAUGCAUUUAACCUUCGGAUAAGGUUUUAAAAUUUGCUAAAUGCAAAAAGUGUUUUCCCCUCAGCUAAUAAAGGACAGCAGCCCGUAUUUGCAGUAUAUAUGUUCUGCUGCUUUUCCCUUUGUUAGUGGCCUAUCUGCAGUUUAUAUCGCUCAAAAUGUUUUGUUAUUGUUGUAACUAUGCUUCCUCUUGCCGCCUAAAACAGUUGUAGUCACAUGGAGGUGAAAACUGAACCUAAUGAAUUGGUUAUACCUAAUCCCUUUAAGGAAAUCCAGGUCAGAUCUCCUGGCUGUAGGAACUGGUAGCGUUCCUGACCUUCCUGCCGGGUGUCCUGGCAAAAUGCAAGCAUUGAAGGCACAAUGAAAUGGUGCAAUGGGAGGGUGCGGUGGGGUUCAGUUCCAGACAAAAGUCAUCGUGGUAAUGAUCAUUUAUCCAGGGCUGAGUGCUCCAAGACCAGUCAAGUUUAUAGAUCUGCAGGCUACACUGUUUUGGCAAGUGUAGGAUGUUUGUAGCUAUUUCAGUUGUUUUUUUAUUCGGUGUUUGCCACGUGCACAGUAUGGCAAUGCCAUUGCAGGGUGCCACCAGCACUGCAUAGCUGGAGCACAGGCCUGUAUACAACUGCUCGGUCAUCCUUGCAGAACCUCGCCACACUCUUAGGGACCCACAAACAUAGACCAGGUCAAGCUAACCUCUGUCGGAGCUGAAUCCCUUCCCCAUCUUUCACAGCUCUGCUCACCGAGGCAGGGUGGGUGGGAGAUGUGGGAGAGAUCGAAGGAGGUGGCCACAGGGCCAUUCACUGGAUAACCCAAGUUCUGCUGUGAAGUUGUUUACAGUUUUAUUUUCUCCUGAAUUACUUUUUGACUGUGUUCAGUGAGCUAUGUCUCUUUUUUUAAAAAAACAAAUUGCUUUGUUCUAUGAAUGAUGUACAAACUUGGUACAAAAUAAACAAAGGACAGAGUGCAGUGCAGUGCAGACCUCCUGAAUGUACAUCUACCGUGUUCUGGAGAAAUGUUCUUCAAAUGUCAGUUACUGUAUUUGGAAUGUGAGUGAAAGGGUAAAAGUGUUAAGUCUCCUGUGUAGAUUAGCAGGGUUUGUAGAAUGGUGUGACGACACGUACCAGGUCCACUUUGUGGGUAUGUGUUGAACCAUUCUUCGUGGUUUAAAAAGCACCCCUCUGGGUUCAGAGCAGCGGCUCAAGACAAGUCAGGGCACACAGCAGGAUAUCCGGGAUUCUCUGAACCCGCGUACUAUGCCGUUCAUUUUUUUUAUUAGAAAAAAACAUAACCGUAGUAAAAUGUAUAAAUGUAACAAUAAAAAUGAAUUAAACACGAAUGGGUUCUUGUGCACCUGGACAAACCAAAGGUUAGAUGUUUGCAUGUGGCAUUUCAUUGACUGGUUACACAUUUGGCUUUAUUGUCUGUUGUUUGUUAAGGCCUCAGUAUGGAGCGUGUAAGAUGAGCACUGCUACAAUUUGGUUACUUGCUGUUGAGAGCCCACCAUAACCAUGCCGGUAACUAGUAAAAGUCACAACCCAGCAAUGUAUAGUACACAACAAGCCAUCUCCAGUGUGAGCUGUUUUGACAGAACAGGAGGAUUUUAUUUUUUAAAAAAGUAAUCCACAAAACUUGUGGAAAUCAGAUUUUCUGGCUGGCAUUCUGGAGAGAGGCAGCUUAUAUACCUAUUCCUGUCUGCUCGAUAGUCUGGUACGUUUCCUCCGGUCUCCAGGGACCCUCAUUGGGGGGUGGGCACAUAAACUAUACCCACUCUUUAGAUUUAAAAACACAUCACAGUCCUGAAUGUUACCUCUUUGUUGUUUCAGCAUUUUUCUGUGUAUUUCUAUGAAUUAAGUGACGCCUCUCACAACUGUGUGUACAGGAGGCCGCCACUGUGUGGGCUGCUGGACGGACAUCUCAGUGACUACAUCGAAGCUACUCCGUGGUUAGCUUGCUGCAGAGCAUGAGACGGUCCCAGUUUUCCUUCUGCUGGAUGAAAAGACUCUCUCUCUGUCUCUCGGGCACUGGCCAGCUCAGAGCUGGGAAUAACCUCGAGAAAGUGGAUUAGUGCAGUCAGUCCAGCAGCCUGUGCCUGACACUUCAGUUACCUGGCUCAGAACAGAAAAUGGGUGACACCAUUGUGAAAGCAGUAGCUCGUGAUUACAGAUGAGGUUUCCGCACAGUCACUUGAUGAAUUGGUGAGGAAAACAAGCCUCAGGCUGUAUUGCUUGGCUUCCUCCAAACUGCUCCUUGGAGCAGCUUACUUACUCAUUGAUGAAGAAAUGACUGGCAAGACUCAGCAGUCAAAAUUCUGGCUCGUGUUAUACCCAACUUAACUAUCUCGCACACAGGGAUAACUACAGCUGCUGCUCUCUUGCCCAUUGGACUCAAAAUAAGUCGAGCAAGUUUUGCCUAUUCUUGUUAUUGUAGGAGUUUGCGCUGACAAAGUACAAUGUGUAACUGUGAUGGUGUCUGUUCAAUGUACACUUCAUGUAUCAUGAAAAAGGUUUGUUUUUAUGAUUUAAUAAGACACUAUAAAGACCGUCCAUGUGAGUUUUUUUUAAUUUGGCAUUUCAUGACAUUUUUGGAACUGAUAAUAAAAGCUACUUUGGAA